UACGUUGAUCAAUAAGAGAAAUGAAGGUGUCUCAAGGCCGCCCAGAGUCCAAAUGGUGAUGGGAAGUGAUAGCUUUCCAUGAAGAAAGAGCUGUGGUCUUGCCAGAGAGUGACUAGCCCAUGGAUUCUGAAGAGAUGAACAGUUCCUCUGAAGGAGGCUCGGUCUUGCCCUUUUUCAUAGUCAUCUCCUGUCUGCCCAUUUCUGGCUGUUGCUCUUUAAGACUGACUGACUUUUCAAAAUUACCUUUCAAGAUUGGGUGGAAGUGCCUGCAGAGAACAAAUGGGGGCCUGCAAUGUGUCCCAAAAUAACAGCUCUGUAUUUCCACGCUGGCUUAGAUGCUGCCUGGAUAAACCUGUGCAGGAAAUGAGGAGAGAGCUGCUGCUACUCAGAGACUCGCAAGAAUGUUUACCAUGUCUCUGGGAACUUUCCUUCUUCCUGCUCUCUGUUUCCUGGGGGCAGUGAUUCCAAGGGGACUGCAGUAUGUCACCUUUUCACACAACACCACAAAAUUCCUUCACCUGACUAUAGACUCUGAGUCUGGGACCCUUUAUCUGGGGGCCACCAACUUUCUUUUCCAAUUGACAUCAGACCUGAUGAUGGAGAGCGCAGUUCAAACUGGGCCAGUUUUGGACAGCAAAGAUUGUCUCCCCCCUGUCUCAAAGCUGGAAUGUCCCCAGGCACACAACACUGACAAUCACAACAAGCUGUUACUGGUGAACUCUGUGCAGGAGGAGCUCAUUGUGUGUGGCAGUGUGCACCAGGGUAUCUGUGAAAAAAGAAGCCUCAGAUCCAUUGACCACGUUCUCUUCCGACCGGAGAGCCCUGGAGACACUCAGUAUGUGGCUGCAAAUGACCCAAAUAUCACUACUGUGGGACUAGUAGGCCACUCAAAAGAUGACGUGCCCCUGCUGUUUGUGGGACGAGGGUAUACCAGCAGAGGGGUUGGAGGGGGUAUCCCUCCUAUCACCACCCGAAAUCUCAGGGCCCAUGUGGGGGACAUGCAAGGGGCAGACUCUCACUCCAUCUUCUCCUAUGAAGAAACGGCUAAGUUGGCUGUGGGUCGGCUCUCUGAGUAUAACCACCAUUUCAUCAAAUCCUUUACCCACCGCUCCAGCGUUUACUUCCUGUUUUAUCGCCGGGAUCUGAAGUCCCAGUCACGGGAGUACAAGACCUACAUCUCACGAAUCUGUCUGGAUGACUCUCACUAUUACUCCUAUGUGGAAUUACCACUGCUCUGUAGAAGCAAAGAGAAAACAUACAGCCUACUGCAGGCUGCUUAUGUCACCCAACCAGGCAGUGAUCUGAGAAGAGGGAGGUUCAGCACCCAAGGAGAAGUGCUGUUCACUGCCUUUUCUGCCUGGCAGGCUUCGUCUGGCAGACUGAGCGAGGAGUCUGCACUCUGUGUCUAUUCAAUGGAGGAAGUGGACCAACUGACCACUCGGACCAGGGAUGUUUGUUAUACGAAGGAUGGGAAAUCAGAGAAGGGGAUAGAAGUGGCAUAUAUUGAAUACGAUGUCAGUUCCAACUGUGUCCAGCUGCCAGCGGACACUUUGGACGCGUACCCCUGCGGCUCGGACCACACCCCCAGUCCCAUGGCCAGUCGGGUGCCUCUUGAAACAGCCCCCAUCCUGGAGGAGCCGGAAGCCCGUCUGACUGCUGUGGCCGUGAAUGUGGAAGAUGGCCACACCAUUGCUUUUCUGGGGGACAGCAGAGGCCAACUGCACAAGGUGUACUUAGGAGCAAUGGGAGAUGCUAAUACAUAUGCUUCUCUAGUCAUCCACUUGAACAGCAUGGUGAGUGGAGACCUGCUCUUUGACCAGUCGCAGCAGCACCUGUACGUCAUGACCCAGUCAAUGGUGGUAAAGGUUCCCAUAUUAGAAUGUUCACAGUACUUGGAUUGUGAAUCGUGUUUGACACUGAAAGAUCCAUACUGUGGCUGGUGUGUUCUCCAGGGACGGUGCAGUCGUCGCUCUGAGUGCUCCAGAUCCACAGUGAGUGAGCAGUGGCUCUGGAGUUUUAAUUCUACACAGCAGUGUUUAUCCAUCCAGUCACUAAGCCCAGCUAAUAUCAGCAGAGAAGAAAAGAGAAAUAUUUUCCUCACUAUCUUGGAUUUACCAUCCUUGCAUGAGGAAGAAGCCUAUUCAUGUUACUUUGAAGACUACGAGAGUCCAGCAGUUCUGACAGAGUCAGGCAUCGUGUGUCCCUCCCCAGAUCCCAGCCAAGCACCAGCUUUGAAAACAGGAACAGAGCACAUAACUAUAAAGCUAGUGGUGCGUUUCCAUAAUGUCUUCAUUGCUUCAGUGGAUUUCUCUUUCUAUGACUGUGCCGCAGUGGCCUUGCAGUGGAAGUCAGCACCGUGUCAGGGUUGUGUGAGCAGUCACUGGGGAUGUAACUGGUGUAUCCACCAACACCUCUGCACCCACAAAGCAACUUGUGAAGAGGGGACCAUUAUCUACAAUGAGAGGACACAAAUUCCAACCUCAAGUCCAUUUCUUUCUUCAGCUGCUUCCACCACCAUGACCUCCACCAACACGCUGACUGUGGCCACCAAACCCAUCACUCCCCCAGUCACUAUGGUGGUUACCCACACUCCCAUCACAGAGUCAGUCCCCACCACUCUGCCUGCAGUCUCUGCCAUGACUGCUCAUCCCACAGGGACCUUUAGCCACACACAUGCAUCAACUCCAACUACAGCCAUUCUCACCUUUCUCAAGAUCACCACUGAAUCUACGGUACUACCCCUAACAGACAAGCCUGCUACUACCAGCCUUGCCACAAAUCCUACUGUAGCAUCUGUCACUACUAGCGCAGCAGAGACUGCAGACCGUACAGCUCUGCCUACCUCUGAACUAGCCACAGCCCCAGAAGUGUGGUUCACUGACCCACCCACCACUGCUGCCUUCAAUACUCUGCAGCCAGUUGUGGCAGCAUUAACCCCUCCCCCUGAUAUCACAAAUUCCACGUGGCCUCCCACUACUACUUUACCAACCUCUGAGGCACCCACAUCUGCCAUCCCAUCUCCUUUCACCCCCAACCAAACUUCUAGUGCCCCCACCUCCUCUGCUGAUUUCCCAGGAAACCUGGAGACAGAACUGCCUCCCUCUGAGGUCCCAUCUUCAGUCCUUCCUGACUGGCUACUUGGGGAAGGCACAGAGCUCAAGGACACAGAGGAUUGGAUGGAUUCACUGCAGACCGAGAAUGAUACGUCACCCUUCUCUGCUUCCACUCUUCUCUCAGGCGAUGGAGACUCUUCAGAGAGGGAUGCCCCUGAUUUCCCCAGAAUUCUGCACCCUGAUUUUGACUAUCAAUAUGAUGCCCCUGGAUUUUUGGAGUUGAAUGAGGAGUUUAGCUGGGGUCCUGGAGCCUGUCCCUGUGUGCAGGGCAUUCAGGGAUCCUCUCUGCUCCCAGUCAACGUGGAGCAGAAGAUAACCCUGCUGGGGAAAAACUUCCAUCUGUAUCAGGAUCAGCAAUGGGACUAUGAGUGUGUCCUGAUUGUGGAGGGGAGGACAGUGGUGAUGGAUGCUUAUGUUGAGGGGGAGGAAGCAAACCGAUCACUCUGCUACAUCACAUGUCAGCUACACCAGUAUAGUUACUUGGCACCUCAACUUGAAUUCAAUGCUGUGGUGUUUGUGCAGAGGAAGCAACACCUCCGAGUGGACAGCGCUGUGGAUCUCUAUGUAACUCUCUAUAACUGCUCCAUGGGACACUCUGAUUGCAGCCGCUGCCAAACGGCUGACUCCAAGUAUAACUGUGUGUGGUGUGGAGGGGAGCGGCCCAGCUGCAUCUUCCGAGGAUCCUGCACAGAAGAGAUAGCGGACAUAUGUCCUGCACCACUCAUUUAUUCAGUUUAUCCCCUGUCUGGACCAGUUGAAGGUGGCACUAGACUCACUAUUGCAGGCUCAAACCUCGGCCAGAAACAUCAGGAUAUUGCAGAAACUGUUACGGUUGCAGGAAUUCCUUGUGCUGUAGAUGCUCAAGAAUAUGAAAUCUCCAGCAGUAUUGUGUGCAUCACCGGUGGAAGCUGGGCUGAGAGAUCUGGGCACAUUGCAGUGGAAGUACCUGGAGGAGGACAUGGAGUUUCUGGGCACAUAUUUGCCUAUCAGAACCCAGACCUGAAGUCCGUUGCUCCAUCUCAAGGCCCUAAAGCUGGAGGAACCUGCCUUACCCUGCUAGGCUCCAAGCUGUUGACUGGGCGCCCCAGUGAGAUCAGCAUUCUAAUUGGAGACCUCCCUUGCCACAUUCUCUCUGAGAUGCAGGAGAAUCAGCUACAAUGUCAGACGAGCCCCAGUAACAUGUCUGUGGAGCUUCCAGUAACUAUCAAAUAUGGACACACGGAACGGAGAUUAGAAGGUUUCCUCUUCAAAUACACUCUGGAUCCCAAUAUCACUUUUGCAGAGCCAGCCAAGAGCUUCCUCAGCGGUGGGAGAGUGAUCCGAGUUCAUGGACAUAACCUAGAUGUUGUACAAAAUCCAAAGAUCCGGAUUACGAUUUCACCAUCAGAACGCCGCCGGAGAGGGCUGGGGAGAUGGCGUAGGAUCAUGCCAGAAACCGAGUGCUCACAGAAUGCCCUGUGCAGCAUCCAGCAGUUUGAAGAACUGUGUCUCAUUAACUCCUCCUACCUUGUCCUGUGUAAAACUCCGGCCAUUAACCUGCUGUUGCGGAUUGUCCAGGUCAAACUGGAAUUUAUUCUGGAUAAUCUAAGCUUCGAUUUCAAGUCCUUGCAUCCCACACCCUUCUCCUAUGAAGUUAAUCCAAUCCUGAAACCCCUGAAUGCUGAGGACCCUGCCAAACCAUAUCGGCACAAGCCAGGAAGUGUCAUCUCUGUGGAGGGGGAAAAUCUAGACCUGGCCAUUUCCAAGGAGGAAGUGGUGGCCAUGAUUGGGGAAGGGGUCUGUGUUGUAAAAACCCUGACAAGGAAUCAUCUGUACUGUGAACCUCCAUCCGAGCAGCCAGCUCCACGACAUCGCACAAAGCUGGAGGGAACGGACUCGCUCCCAGAGUUUACAGUGCAGAUGGGGAAUUUGAACUUCCUGCUGGGCAGAGUGCAAUAUGACACAGAGAGCCAGCUCACCUUCCCCCUGGAGGCCCAGAUUGGCUUGGGUGUCGGAGCCUCCUUUGUUGCUUUGAUUGUCCUGAUCAUUGUCUUCAUCUACAGGAGGAAGAGCAAACAGGCUCUGAGGGAUUACAAGAAAGUUCAAAUCCAGUUGGAAAAUCUGGAAACAAGUGUUCGGGACAGAUGCAAAAAAGAGUUCACAGACCUGAUGACGGAGAUGAUGGAUCUCACCAGUGACCUCGUUGGUACCGGAAUCCCCUUCCUGGAUUACAGAUCCUACGCAGAACGUAUUUUCUUUCCAGGACACCGUGAGUCACCACUGCAGAGAGGCCUGGACAUGCCCGAGUGUCGGCGGCAAACAGUGGAGCAGGGCUUGGUGCAGCUUUCCAACCUCCUCAACAGUAAACUCUUCCUUACCAAGUUUAUCCACACUCUAGAAAUCCAGCGCACAUUCUCUCCAAGGGACCGGGCCUAUGUGGCAUCCCUUCUCACUGUCUCAUUGCAUGGGAAGCUAGAGUACUUUACUGACAUCCUAAAGACUCUUUUGAAUGACCUCGUUGAGCAGUAUGUGGCCAAGAACCCAAAGCUGAUGUUGCGGAGGACAGAAACAGUAGUAGAGAAGCUGCUCACCAACUGGAUGUCCAUCUGUCUGUAUGCUUUUGUAAGGGACUCUGUCGGGGAGCCGCUCUAUAUGCUCUUCCGGGGAAUCAAGCACCAAGUAGAUAAGGGACCAGUGGACUGGGUGACAGGGAAAGCCAAAUACACCCUGAAUGAUAACCGCCUUCUGCGAGAGGAUUUGGAGUACCGGACUGUGACUUUAAAUGCUCUGACUCAAACUGAAGCUACUGUGGGAGAGGCAGAGGAUUCUCAGGGUGUCUCUGUGAAAGUGCUAGACUGUGACACUAUAACACAGGUGAAGGAGAAAAUCCUAGAUCAGAUCUAUAAAGCAACGCCAUAUUGUCACCGCCCAGACCCAGACUCCCUGGACCUUGAGUGGAGAUCAGGUCUGGCUGGUCACCUGAUCCUUUCCGAUGAGGAUGUGACCUCUGUCAUUCAGGGAACCUGGAAGCGCCUGAACACUCUUCAGCACUACAAGGUGCCUGAUGGAGCAACUGUAGCUCUGGUCCCACGUCUGACCAAACAUAUCCCCAGGGAGAAUCAGGAUUACAUCCCUGGAGAGAAAACGCCGAUGCUGGAGGAUGCAGAUGAGGGUGGAAUAAAACUUUGGCACCUAGUAAAACCAACUGAAGAGCCAGAGCUCCCCAAACACAGGCGAGGAAGCUUACGGGAUCGGGAGCGAGCCAAGGCCAUUCCUGAAAUUUAUUUGACACGUCUCCUCUCUAUGAAGGGGACCCUGCAGAAGUUUGUGGAUGACUUGUUCCAGGUAAUCCUCAGCACCAGCCGCCCUGUCCCUCUGGCUGUCAAAUAUUUCUUUGACCUGUUAGAUGACCAAGCAAUGCAUCAUGGAAUCCUGGACCCUGAGACCAUUCAUAUCUGGAAGACAAAUAGCCUACCCCUCAGGUUCUGGAUCAACAUAAUCAAAAAUCCACAGUUUGUGUUUGAUGUGCAGACAUCGGACAAUGUAGAUGCCGUGCUCCUGGUCAUUGCCCAGACCUUCAUGGAUUCCUGUACUAUUGCCGACCACAAGCUGGGGCGGGACUCGCCAAUCAACAAGCUGCUCUAUGCCCGGGACAUUCCUCGCUACAAGCAGAUGGUAGAAAGGUACUAUGCGGACAUUCGCCAGACCAUCUCCGCCAGUGACCAGGAAAUGAACUCUGCCCUGGCUGAGCUGUCAAGGAAUUACUCAGGUGAACUCAAUUCCGUGGUGGCUCUGCAUGAACUCUACAAAUACAUCAACAAGUACUAUGACCAGAUCAUCACAGCCUUGGAAGAAGACCCGACAGCCCAGAAGAUGCAGCUGGGAUAUCGACUGCAGCAGAUCGCAGCUGCUGUGGAGAACAAAGUCACUGAUUUGUGACCCAGACAAACAGACUGUGAUGCUCUUGGGUAGCUGAACAGAGGUGGAUAGUGCUGCUCAUUGGAACUUCAUAGCUACACACAAGGUGUCCCACUGCCUUUGGAACCAGACACUCUGGGGAGCUGGCAUGUGACACAGGAGGAGGUGGCCAAGAAAAUGCAAAGUACAAACGUCCUUACAUCUCAGAGAAUAUUUUUUUACUGAUUUUUUUUUCCUUUUUUAAAAUGUUCUUUAAACUCUGGGAGUUUCUACAAACCACAGUGUGAGAGAGAGAGACCAGGCACCUUCUUCCCACACGUUGUGAAUGUGCCAAGUUUCCAAACAAUAUUGCCAAGGAGCUGGAUAACACAAGAGCUUCAGAACAAAGUUAAAGACCAUACAUGGCUUCAUGUGAGCCUCUAGCCGCAUUUUGGUACUAGCACCAGGGAUAGGAGAGACUAGUGCUGUGCCUGCUACCCUGAACAUUGUAUAACCACCACUACUAUGAUGGUAAUAGCCCAGGCUACUGCAGUCAUGGUAGUGCUGGACAGUAAGUGUGUGAGCUUCCUGAGCCCUCAUGGAACUAGCUGGGGCAUUAGGACUGAUGUAGCCUGUUAGACAGUUUACCACACCUGGGCCAAUCCCUAGGGACCAGAGUGUACUCCUCCAGCAUACAGCCCUAGAAGCAACCCCCCUGCAGUGUAGCCCACCAGUUCCAUGGCCUGAGCUGAGGAGCAUCUCCCACAGCAUGGCCAUCAGCGCACUGGAGGGGUUGCGCCUGGCACCCUAAAAUACUGAAUGUAGGGAUGAGAAAUAGACUGGGGGGGAGAUGAGAAAAGUCACUUGGUCCCAGAAUUCUAGUCUUCCUCACUGCUUGUCUGCGACUCAUGCUAAUGAGACUAACGUGCUCACCAGUUCCAAAUGUUGACCCAGUAGGCUCAACCUAGUCCUAGUGUAAGCAGGCACCAUGCACUGACAUCUAUGGAGCCAUACUCACUUUCCCCUGGACUGAAUUUAGCAUGGCUUGGGGAGAGGGCAAGGUGAACUUACUGAAGUGCCUCUAACCUAGAUGUAUGUCUGGCCCUCUGGUUCUCUGAGGUCAGAUGCUGUCCUGCCACUUGGAAAGCACAGUGAAGGCCUUGUACCUAUUUCCUUUCUCUGGCUUGUAGCCAUUUUGGUACUCUGAACUGGAUCUGUAAAUACCCUCAAAAUUACAAAGUAUUCACAUGCUCAAGGGGAAUGUUAAUUUUGUUUUUCUGAGACAAUACUUCACUUGGAUGAGCAUCUCCUUGGACAUUGUCAUCAUCACAAACUCCCUGGGCUAAGCACUGCCUGUGUCAAACUGCUUCUGCCUAGUCUCUGCCUCACUGGGCAGAUCGGGGGCUUCUGACUUUUUCAGAAACAUCUGGAGUUUCACAAUAACAAUUGGCUUUUCCCCAAAUUUCCCACUAAGCUGAAAUGGUUCAAGGCGCAAUCUCCCAGCCAGAUAUACUUUCUUCACCUUUAUCUCGGCCUAAAAUGAAACUCCAAAUACUCCCCUGAAGCUGAAUGUCUUCUCAAAUUCUCCUGUGUGGCUCCAGUUUAGUGACCUCCUGCCCACUUAAAAUCUUAGUGGAAAUCCUGAACUGUCACCACAGCCCCCAAAAGAGCAGAGCAAAGGAACCAAGUGCCCAGGCGCCCCAAUGGAUGAGCACCAGGAGAGGGGACCAAACAGCGACCAUGCUCUGUAAAUUGACCAGCCCCUCUGGCAGGGUUCCCUCUUUCCAAAUUGAAUGGAACUAAACUCAGGCUGUGCCCUAGACCCUCCCACCCUUGGCCUGAGUUUGGUUCCAUCCUCUCAGAGAGGACUAAAGGAGUUCCCCUCCCUCCGCACCUAAGCAGGGCUUGAGGUAACACUUGCUUCCUUGCUGCUCAGAGGGGAGAGAUUUCUCUCUUUCAUUCCCCCAGCCAUGUCUCCCCAACUGAGCAUGUGGGGGAGUGUCUUUGGUUUCCUCUUACCCACUUGUCCCCCUCUGUGGAGCCAGGAAUAGCUCCAGUGCUGAAUGACACCUGCCCUGCAUAGCUGAAACAGACCAUGUACAGAGCGCAACUUCGACUGCCAAUCCACUCCUUUUGCCUGGAACUGCUGAUCACAUGGAGACGGCUAGACUCCAGCAGAGAAAUACGGUGUCUAGGUUGUUGUUUGUGUUACGUGGAGGCACCAGCCAGAUGAGAGUCUUGUUGGGCUGAGCCGUGUGCAGUCACACAAUAAAAAACAGCCCCGGUCCCAGAGAAUUUACAAGCCUAGGUUCAGGCAAAACUUAAUAGGCAGGUGAAACAAACGUGGGAGGGAGGAUGGAUGGGUAAGAGUGAUGAUCCCAUCUGUGCAGUGCCAAGCAAACCUCCCAGAGUUAGGAAGCAUGAGAUUCAAAACUCUUUUGGCAUCUGUCUAUAACUUUUCCAACCCGACACCAAGAGCUUGCAUACUUUCCUCCGCUGUUUGUGGCCCAGCAGUGCCUUUGCCUCUCCCACUUUUUGGAAAAUCUUUUCUCUGCGCUCUCACAAAGUCCUGCCAGUCAAUUUGAGAGGAGAGGAAUUCUCUUGUUUAUCCAGGAUUUACAUUAACCUGAAGUCAUGUGCUGGUCUCUGUGACCAACCUCUGCCCGCCAACUCUUAGCUCCUACUUGAUCCAUCAGCUUCUCCCCUUGAAUUGGCCUGCCAGAGCAUGAUGGCAACACAGGUCAAGGAGCGUACACCUUUGUCUGUGUACCUUGGCCAGGACUGAGGUGGGUGUAGGUACCAUUCAGUACCUCUCCGUGGAGAUAACAGAUUUCUUGUUUCUCCAGGGACGUGCGUGUGAUUUACCCAUAUAACAAUAAUAUUAACAAAAAGAAGAGUCAUUUAAAAACACUGCAAAAAUGGUAUCAAAAGAAAAUAAACUGCUUAACAUCUCCAGAUUGACCCAUCUCAAAUGCUAAAUAGGAUACGACAUUCUCAGCUUAGUCACAGUGAAAACAGAAAAGUUGAUAGCAUACAUUUCUCCUCCAAUCUGUCACCAUCACACUGUCAGAUACCAGCUCCCUCUUGCUGUAUCCUGGACCCACUUUUUAACGUCCCUGUGACUUGGUCAGUUUGCAGGUUCAGACAUGCCCCUUCUGAUCUCUCCAUUCUUGCCUCUUCCACAUGGUAGAGUCCAUUACCUCAACAGGGUGAGGUUUCAUUAAUGCUUAUACAAAAGUCUUUAAUAAGAAUUCCUGUUUGGGGGAUGCGGUGGGGGGGGGGGGUAGA